CCCAAUAUGUCCUCCCAGGUAGUGGUGGCAGACGAGAUUGAUGUCGACUUUUUACCUGUAAUUUACCAGUACCUGAGGUGUUUGGAGAAGGAACAGGCAGACUUAAGCCGGGUGUCACAGGAGUCAACUCAGAAAGUGUUAGACCUGCAGCGAAAGAUCCAGACGGCCCGUGAACAGGUGCGUAGAUUACCCGGAGUGGAAUACAGCCGAGAGGAGCAGCUACGUCGCCUGGAGGCCCUGAGGAAGCAGCUGGCCCUUAAGAAGCGUCUGUUGCUCAAGUACAAGGCUAAGAGUGAAGCUCCUCACUAGUUAGACAGCGAGAGGUUAUGGUGCUGCGCUACCUUCUACAACGGCUGCUGAACUCUCCCGAGAUAAUCGAUAAGUUGGCCGAGUCUUAUCCCAUCCGUCGAGCCGCACAGCUGACCGCUUACGCCUUCCAACGCGGCAAAGAGGCC